AUGACACUUCUUUGUCCUGGUAAGAAGGCUGGCAGCUGCAUUCUAAACAGCUCUCAUAGAUUUGUGAUUAGGACGACUGACCUGUUUCAGGAGAUGCUGCCCUAUUCCUGUCACUUCACUCUGGAUCCAAGCACAGCACACAGACUCCUUCAUCUGUCUGAGGGGAACAGGAGGGUGGAGAGGAGACCUGGGGCCCAGUCAUAUCCUGAUCAUCCAGACAGAUUUGAUAGGUGGCCUCAGGUGCUGUGUAGAGAGGGUGUGUCUGCACGCUGCUACUGGGAGGUUGAGUGGAGUGGAGGAGGGGUUUAUAUAGCAGUGUCAUAUAAAAGCAUCAGCAGAAAAGGAAGGGGUUAUGAGUGUGGGUUUGGAUGUAAUGAUCAGUCCUGGAGGCUGCUCCUCACCAGCUCCAACUCCUAUUUCCAGCACAAUAAGAAAAAGACUAAACUCCCUCUAGUGGCCAGCUCCAGAAUAGGAGUGUAUGUGGAUCACAGGGCAGGAACUCUGGCCUUCUACAGCAUCUCUGGAGACACAAUGACCCUCCUGCACAGAGUCCACACCACAUUCACACACACACUCUACCCUGGAUUUGGCCUAUGGUUCGGAUCAGUGAAGCUGUUGUGA